GUCCUUCAUAAAAGUUGAGUUGUCACAACUUGUAUAUCCUCAAGCUGGUUGUGUUAGCCCUUGAACAGAAGUCAAUUUUUUGUCUGUAGAGUAUCUCGUGUGCCUAUUCGGUUGAUAAUAGAAAGCUUAAUUCUUUAUCUAAAAUUUAGAUAAACAUCGCGAAUAAUUGAACCGAACCACAUCAAGUUACAAGUUAAUUACAAAGAACAGAAGUUAUAUCUUUAUCGUGCAGGGCUAAUAUAUAAUACACUGGUGAGGCUGCGGUACCUAUACAAACAACAUAUACUCGAAUUUGAAUAAGCAGAUUCUUUAAAGAAAGGAAUUCGAUCCACCUGACUUGAGAAAAUUGAAACUGCUUACCUCUCUGCCGAUUCAAACUGGGUAACUGCAUUGAAACGGUAGCUGUCGUCCAGCAUAAAUUUGUCGAAACAGUGAAGGGAGGCAAAAUGAAUCCCGUGCUGUACUACACGCCUGCUAGCCCCCCGUGCCGAACAAUCCUGCUUCUUGGCAAAAUGCUGGACAUCCAAUUUGAGUUGAAAGCGGUUAAUGUUUUGGAAAAUGAGCACAUGAAACCGGAUUUCGUUCAGAUCAAUCCUCAACACUGCAUACCAACGAUCGACGACAACGGCCUCAUUUUGUGGGAAAGUCGAGCUAUACUUGCAUAUUUUUCCGGAGCGUAUGGUAAGGACGACUCCCUUUACCCAAAGGAUAUUCGGACACGUGCAAUGGUCGACCAAAGGCUUCAAUUCGAUUUGGGGACACUCUACGCCAGAUAUGCAAAUUACUACGCUCCGACCAUAUUCAUGGGUGCCCCGUUUGACGAGACGAAGAAAGCUAAGCUGUCAGAAGCUCUCGGGUGGUUUGAUACCAUGCUCAAAGGGCGAACUUGGGCGGCUGCUGAUCACUUCACAAUUGCUGACUUAUCACUGUGCGUAACCGUUUCACAGAUUGAAGCAUUUGAGUUUGAACUACGUCCUUUCUCACGAGUUCGGGCUUGGCUGCAGCGCUGCAAGGACGAAUUACAGCCUUUCGGCUAUGAGGAAAUCAACCAAACUGGCGCCGAUGCUCUUUUUGGGUUGCUGAAAUCAAGAAUGCACGGUUAAAUUAUUAGGGAAAAUUUACAGCUACGAAAAAGAACAAUGCGGAAUUGACCGAUCAAAUUAUUGGCCUUGGUGGCUUUGACUUGAACUAUUAAUGAUAUAUAAAUAUUAGAAAACGAUGCUAUUUUGUAGUAGUUUUUAUGUCACUCUAACUAUGAUAGAAUAUAAAAUUUAGACAUU